UUAUUUUAUCUUUUCUUUUUUUUUUUAUGAAAUUUUUAAUAUCGAUUUUAGCUCUUUUAGUAAGUUUAGCAAGUUCCUAUGAGAUAACAUCACCUAAUUAUUGUGACUCAACUACAUUAUCUUGUCAUUGGACUGCUCCUGUUAGUUCUUGCUGUUCUCCAAAAUAUGGAUUAGUUGUUCUAGCUCUACAAUGGAGUCCUGGAUAUGGUCCAGUUGAUGAAUACACUAUUCAUGGCUUAUGGCCAGAUACAUGUUCAGGUCGCAUGGCACCUACACGUGGUUGCGAUAAAAGUAGAGUUUCAAAUCAAAUUGCUAGUAUUAUUCGUAAUAUGAAUACUACAAUUUACAAUAGAAUGAAUGUAUUUUGGCCAAGUAAUAAAGGAGAUAACAAUUGGUUCUGGUCACAUGAGUGGACAAAACAUGGAACUUGUGUAAGUACAUUACGUCCUACCUGUUAUGGUUCAGCUUAUAGAAAAUAUCAAGACGUAAUUGAUUACUUUCAGAAAGUACUUGAUUUACGUGAUAAAUACGAUAUUUUUGGUGCUCUCAAGUAAGUUACUACUUUUUUUUUUUUACCCUCCUCCUCCUCCUAUUCCCGUCUCUUUUGUUUGAACUCAAAUUUGUAUAAUCAUUUAUCCCUCUAGUCUAAAUGGGGUUCCUCCUGGUGGCUAUUACAAUGUUGAAACAAUUCGUGAAGCAAUCAAAAAGGCUUUUGGUGCCAAUGUUAAGCUUGAUUGUAUUCGUAAUACGUUAACUGAAGUGUCACUUAAUUUUUAUGUUAGAGGACGUGAUGAAUAUGUAAUCACUGAUGUACUUCAACCUGGUAAUUGUAGAGGCGCUGUUUAUUACCCA